CCUCAAUCCUUCCCCAAAACUCUCCACGUCAAUAUUUGGGAAUGGAACUGCCGCCGGCGGAGACUUCUCCUCUACUUAUGAUGGCGAAGUCUUUCGUAAAUGGGGGUUUCGCCUCCGCACUGGAAAAAAAUAGCGGCCAACAGGCUCAGGGGCAUUCUUUAUGUAAUCCCAAGUCGGUUUCUCUCAAUGCGGCGCCUUCUUCUUCUUCUUUUGUCGUCGACUACCUCGUCAAGUCAUGUGGCCUUCCCAUGGAAUCAGCUAUCGUCGCUUCAAGGAAGCUCCAGCUCGACGCGAAGAAGAACGGGAAGCCCGAGUCCGUACUUCAAUUUCUUAGAUCCCAUGGUUUCACCGAUGCCCACAUAUCCACAUUGGUUUAGAAGCGCCCCACGGUUCUCCAUUGCAGAAUAAGCAACAAUCUUGGGC